CAUAUUUGCUUUAUGAGGGAAAUCUGUGUCAGACGGCUUGAAAUAUUGUUGCAGGAUGUUCUAUUAUUUCUUUCAAUCAAGAAACAAACCGAGUACCGACCCUGUUGUUGUAUAUUUAACUGGAGGACCCGGAUGCAGCACGUCGCAGGCCAUGUUUUAUGUAAACGGCCCUUUCCACAUAACAAACAACUUAUCUCUUGUAUGGAAUAAUUUUGGUUGGGAUAAGGUGUCAAACAUUAUAUAUGUCGACCAACCAAUUGGAACUGGUUUCAGUUAUACUUCUGACAAAGAUGACAUACGAACAGAUUCUCAAGAAGCUGCCGUAGAUUUCUAUGACUUUCUACAGGCAUUUUUCGAAGCGCACCCUCAAUAUGCGAGGAACGAUUUUUACAUCACCGGAGAAUCAUAUGCCGGGCACUACAUUCCAGCUUUUGCUGAUCGUGUACAAAAGGGAAACAAUAAUAAAGAAGGGAUUCAUAUAAACAUGAAAGGAUUAGCUAUUGGUAAUGGAUUGACAGAUCCGGUGAUCCAGUACAAAGCAUAUACUGAUUUUGCUUUAAGCAUGAAAUUGAUCACCCAAUCUGAUUAUGACAGCCUGAAUCAGCUAGUUCCCCAAUGUAUGCAGGGAAUAGAACUCUGUGGCAAUAGUAGUGGUCCGUCAUCAGCUUGUUCCAAGGCUUUCGAUGACUGCACCGGCAUUUUCAAUAGGAUAGUUAAAAUAAAUGGUCAAAUAAAUUACUUUGACAUUCGAGAACGGUGUCCGGCGGGUCCUCCGUGCUACAACUUCUCGAAUGUGCCAAAUUUCUUGAACCAGGAGUCAGUUAGACAAGCACUUGGUGUUGGAGACAUAAAAUUUGUUACAUGUAAUCUUUCUGUAUAUGAUUCGUUGAAAACGGACUGGAUGAGGAAUUACGAAGUUGUUAUUCCUGCACUACUAGAGAAUGGGGUCAAGUUACUUGUAUACGUUGGGGAAUAUGAUCUUAUUUGCAACUGGCUCGGAAACUCGAGAUGGGUCGAUGCUAUGGUAUGGUCGGGGCAGAAAAACUUUGUAUCGGCACCUUCUGUUCCAUUUAAGGUAGAUGGAGUGGAGGCGGGGUUACAGAAAAGCUCUGAACUUCUCACUUUCCUCAAGGUCUAUAAUGCCGGUCACUGGGUUCCUAUGGAUCAACCAAAAGCAUCACUAGAAAUGAUAAAGAGAUGGUUGCAAGGCAUUCCUCUAUGAAGAACAACAGCACAAACCUCAUUAUUGUAAUGAUUUCUUAAUAAAAGUUCCCUCAAUUCAUGUUCAUUUGCCUAUUGAGGGAUUGGUCUAGAAAGAUCUCUUGUUCUUAUUCUAUAGCUG